AUGGCGGCCAACGGCAGGACGAUACACUUUGGCCCGUUUGAGGUCACAAAGCAGGUCUUCCUCACGACGGAGCACUCGUUUGCCCUGGUCAACCUCAAGCCGCUGGUGCCCGGGCACGUCCUCGUGUGUCCGCUGAGGCAGCACCUGCGCCUGACCGACCUGUCUCGCGCCGAGACGGCAGACCUCUUCGGCGCGGUGCAGCUGACGCAGCGCAUGCUGGCCACGAGGUAUUUCCCCAGGCCCGGCGACUUGCUCUCGGGGAGCUUCACCGUCGCCGUGCAGGACGGUCCGCAGUCGGGGCAGACGGUUCCGCACCUGCACGUCCACGUUAUCCCUCGGCAGGAGGGAGAUGUCGGCGGCCAGCCCGACGCCAUCUACGCCCGGAUGGCGAGCGAGGACGGGAACGUGGGAGGCGCGCUGUGGGACCGAGACCGUCGGCCCGUUCCGGGGGGCGGGAUGCCGCGCAUCGAGGAUGCCCUGCGGAGGGCUAGGACCCGGGAGGAGAUGGAAAGGGAGGCGGAGCAGUACAUGCGCAUUCUUGGAGAAAUGGGGGCAUGA